GGCUCCACCAGCCACUCGGUAUCGACUGCUGCAGUGGUUGUGCCGACUUUGCGUUGCCGGAGACCGCGUGAUAACAGAACAGUAACAACACGCACCUUAUCAGUUAAAUUAAAUAGUUCAAAAACCUCGGUAACAGCCACCACAGGCUGUCCCGUGGACGACGUCGACGACAUGCCAACCAAAUAUUACUCAGUGUACAGUCACCGGUACAUGAUCAGCAGGAAUUUUACUAGAAAAAAUAAGAGAAAGGACAAUUUGGGACUAUUGCCGAUUGUACGUGACUUGAGAAACGGGGCCGGCGAUAGUGCAAGUGAUCAUGGUAACAACAGAACGAGAAAGGACGAUUCGCUCUGCGACAUCCUGUCGAGUCCGUCAUUCCGAUUUGUUAUCUGCUUGAUCAUCGUAAUGGUUGUUUUACUAUACAAGUCGGUUUACAUGGAUUAUUUCCACUUGAAGAAUGAAAAAUCUUCCAUAUCGAUCACGAAGACUUCAUGGAAUUCUACCAAAACGUUAUAUGGAUAUGAUGACGGAAAACCAACGAUUGAAGUAAUCGAGAUUUUACCAAAUUGUGGUUUACAAACCAUUUGCUCGGAUAAUGCUUUUCCAGUUCAUAUAUAUACGGGAAAAAAUAAAACAGAUUUUCCGAGGUUGUGUAUCAUGGGAAAAUACGUUAUGUCAUUCAACCGAACUGCAGGUGGCCGUGGAAUCAACGUAGCCGUGAUAGAGUCAACUACAUACACCAUCAUGGAUGUUAAAAACUUCGAUACGUAUGAGUAUAAUAGCUCUAAUUUAGAUGAAUGGCUUGAUCACAUGGUUAAAGUUGGGGAUGUUGUAAUAUUUUUUACAUUUGACGAGGCGUCUAAAAAGUUAACAAAAAACACAAGAAAUGUUUUAUACAAUAUGGGGAGUGGGAAAAUUCAAGACUUAUGGUACAGAUGUCAAUGGUUUAUGGUGACACAAAAAGGAAUUCAAGGCAUCACGCCGUAUGAAAAAAUCACAUACUCGCAUAAGAACAAUUGGGCAGAUGUAUUAGAUGAAAAAUUAUGUGUUCCAUUUCAAAUAACAGGAAACCCAAUUGUUUCUGACGACUUAACCAAUCAUCAACUGUCGUUCUGUAAUGCUACGUUUGACGAGUACACCGAGUAUUGCAAUGAAAGUAAUGAACACACCGGAAGCGUUAAUUACGGAUACACGAGAAGCGAGUCCCGAGAAAGCCACCGAACAACGCCUAGUCGAUUGCUUGACCGAACGGAAUAAACGAGCUAAUCGCCACCGAGUUGCUAUAUAAGUAUUAUAUUAUACCCAAUAUCGAUUAUCGAUACCAGUAGCGGUUCCAGAGGUUAUUCAAGGGUGAUGGGGGGGGGGGGGGGCAAAUUUAAAAAAAAUAUUUUUACGAUAUAGUAGUAUAACGACCCUAAUAAGGUUAGCAGCACAACCAUCGAAGACACUUAUGUAAUAUUAUAUUCAACAAAUUUGUUGGAUACUUGUUGGACAUUGUUGGAUAUCUCCUGGUCUUUGCGUUAGACUUUAUUAGGACAUAAGAACUUAUCACUAGACAAUUUAGUGAUACGUUUUUAAUGUUAUAUGGCGCAAAUAUUGAUAUGAUAAUUGGUAAGUGAUAAUAAAUAACAUUAAUGAUUAAUUCGUAUUAACGAUCCAUAUUAUUCUAUAUUAUAAUUACAAUUAAUUAUGUACGCAGAGUUUAGAGUAAUUUGAGUAUUCCAAUAUCCAUUUUCAGGCACAACAAUCAAAAUAAAAAUUUGAAAUUUACAAAUAUUGUAAACAGUUUUUGGACAUAACCUUAAAAAAAGCCCCAUAUCGUCUUUCUCUCUUUACGUUCUCUCUUCCCCAAAAAAGCACACGGUCCCAUAUGAAACUGGUAUAGACAUGUCCUAUCCAUCCUUAUAGUAUCUAUGGUUACUCACGUUUAUUUUCUCCGUAAAAAUUUCCGCCUGCUAAGUGCGAACGACACGACGUGUAACACGUUGAUUAGGUUACAUCCCUAUUCCAUAUACAUAGGCGUAGAUAUAUAUAAUUAAGUAAUAUAUUAUUAUUAUUAUAUGCAUGACGUGCAAAUACAAUAAUAUUAUAUAUAGGUUAUUUUUUCAUUGUCGAAUAAAAGUAGUAGCGAGCUUGAUCUAAUAUUAUAUCACGGAGGCCACUCGACGAUUAAUCAAACGAUCGCCCUUUCGACGACCCUUUAUCUCUUUCUUUCUCUCCCCGUUUUUUUCCUGUGGGCGCGUUAAACGAUUUCACACGGGCCAAGUUUUCUGAAUAAGACACCUAUAAAAGUAAAUUACAAACAGGAUACACACCGAAUCCGAAGAUAAUCGGACAAAAAUGUGGGUAGAUUGCCCGAAGUGACAUUGUAAUACAAUGCAUAAUAUGUAAAAUGGGUGUGCAAAACCCCCCGAAAUUAUAGUGCCUUUUAAACGCUUUAUUACGGUGGAUGCCAGAUUUAACUGCAUUUUUUCUACGUAAAAUUUCUCUAACCACAGUUGUCGUUGGGGGGUUAAUGUGCGUUGCGGCAUUGUGCAUAUUAUCAAAUGUCAAGUAUAAUUUACUUAUGUUCCAUCCAUAGCUAAUUCUUAAAAAUAUUACCCGUAUAGGUACACGUACGCAUGUAUAGGUAUCAGGUAGGUGCAGUAUAUAUCACACAAAUUAAUACUAAUUUUUCAUCAGUUUGUAUAUGCUCAUGAUUCUUAAUACAAAUUUUGAUGCGAUCCGAAAGCACAGCGUUGUACCUACAAAGAGUAACUUAAUAAUUAAAAAUAGAUAUUAAACACUUUUAUCAC